AUGCUCCCACCACUGCCUUGGGUCUCCUCUGUCCAUCCCCACUCAUACACGCAGGAAUGUGACAGUGACCCUGCAGUGACCAUUUGCUCAGAGGAGGUCUACCGAAUGGCAGCAGCAGCUGCAGCACAGGGAUUCCUGAUCCAUGACUGGCUUUGGAACCUCAAGCUUCCCCAAGCCAGUAAUUCCCAUGUGUGGAUGCCUAUGCCUAGGGUCUUGGAGGAGAGCAUUUUAAAGCCUGGCUUCUACUUGACCUACUACUUCUCUGAAUUGUUCCUUGGGGAUCUAGAAAGGACAGACAGAUGUUCCCACGAAGGUAAAGGCGAGCUAGUGGCUCUCGCUGAUUGGUCAGGCCGCCAGCCAGUGAGGAGCGGCCUCAUGGAGCUUUAUAAAAGAAGCGGACGGUGCAAAGCAGCCAGAACCCGGCUGGAGCAGCUCCCAGGGAGGAGCUCUAAGGAAGAAGGAGGCCCAGGGAAAGUUGUCACCACGGCAGUGGCUGUGGCCCUGGAGGGAGCCGUAAUCAGGUCGGAGGCAGGCCCCGUGGAAGAACUCGCCAAACUCGAGUAUCUGUCUCUGGUGUCCAAGGUUUGCACUGAGCUGGACAAUCCCCUGGGGAUCAACGACAAGGAUCUAGCCGAGUUUGGGAUCAGUGUUGCUGAGAAGAAUACCACCUUUCAUACUUUUAAGGCUUCUCCGGUCAAAAACGAUGCAGAAUUCACGGAUUCUCUUACUAGUAACUUGCUGCGUCUCAUACAAACCAUGCGGUCCCCAGAAAAGCCUUCUACAAGCCAAGGUCCAGUUAAGGCGAGAACCCGGAAGGAAAAGCCGAAGGAACUUUUCCUGGUCCUUUGCCAACCAGACAACCCUUCUGUUCGGACCAUGCUGGAAGAGGAUGAUGUUAAAGUUGCCCUGAGAGAACUGGAAGCUUUGAUGCCUCGUGCAGCAGACCAGGAAGGGGAGAGACGCCGCGCCGGGCGGAGGAGCUGCAGCCAAAAUCAAGAGCGAAGCCGAGGUCGAGACCGCAGGUCAAGGCGCCGAUCCCGCUGGCGACCGCGCUCCAGGACCCGGGAGAGAAACAAAGGGCAGUCUGGACAUAGGUCCAGGAACGGAAGUCGGAGCCUCCCCCCACCCCCCACCCCCAGGGACCGGAAGGCGGGACGGAGGGCGGCAUCAAGGAGGGGCGGUCCUCCCCCUGAGGAGCCAGCCACCGGGGACAUGGACAGUGGCAGAGUCAUCAGCGUCGUGCAGUUCAGCUGCUUUGUGCAGCUGGAAGCGCCAAGGAAGCGGAGGGAAGGCGUCGUGCGGGUCUCCCAGCUCCAAUGGGAAGGCCGCGGGGCCGCUGAGGGGAGCAAAGGCUGCAGAGUGAAAGUGAAAGUUCUGCCCUUCACCGGGGCCAAGACCAGCCUGAGCCCCAAGGAUGUGGGUCAAGAGACCGGAGAAGAUUUAAACCCAAACCAACGACGAAAUCUUGUCAGGGAGACUCAUGAGGAGGCCUCAGUGCGGAAUCCGGACAGACCCAGUCACCUCCUGGUGUCAUGCCCCUGAAGGGGAGGACGAGCUGCCGAACACAGGCACCAGGCCCGCGUCUCUGACACAGAGAAGUGGGAGAUCAAACAGAUGAUCGCUGCCAAUGUGCUUUCCAAAGAAGAAUUUCCAGACUUUGAUGAAGAGACUGGCCUUCUCCCUAAGGUGGAUGAUGAAGAAGAUGAGGAUAUGGAGAUUGAACUGGUUGAGGAAGAGCCUCCCUUCCUAACAGGGCACACCAAGCCAAGCAUGGACAUGAGCCCCAUUAAUGUGAAGAACCCAGAUGGCUCCCUCUCCCAAGACCCAGAUGGCUCCCUCUCCCAAGCCUUUGCCUUGGCCAAAGAAAGGGGGGAACUCAAGCAGGCACAGCGGGAAGCUGAGAUGGAUUCUGUUCCUAUGGGACUCAAACACUGGGUUGACCCUCUGCCCGUUGCUGAAGGCAGUCCGAUUGCUGCCAAUGUGAGGGAUAUUGGGGUGAUGCCUAACCACAUUCCUAAGUGGAAGAAGCAUGCCUUUGGGGGAAACCAAGCUUCUUAUGGAAAGAAGACCCAGAUGUCAAUCAUUGAGCAGAGGGAGAACCUGCCCAUCUACAAACUGAAGGAGCAGCUGGUCCAGGCUGUCCAUGACAAUCAGAUCCUGAUUGUUAUUGGGGAGACGGGAUCUGGCAAGACAAUGCAGAUCACCCAGUACCUGGCACAGGCUGUCUACAUUUCCAGGGGCAAGAUUGGGUAUACCCAGCCUACUAGAGUGGCAGCCAUGUUGGUGGCCAAAAGAGUAUCAGAGGUGUUUGAUUGCUGCUUAGGCCAAGAGGUGGGCUACAGCAUUCGAUUUGAAGAUUGCAUUAGCCCCCAAAUGGUCAUCAAGUACCUGACUGAUGAGAUGUUGCUCAGAGAGUGCCUGAUUGACCCUGACCUCACUCAGUAUGCCAUCAUCAUGUUGGACAAGGCGCAUGAGAGGACAAUUCACACUGAUGUACUCUUUGGAUUAUUGAAAAAGACAGUUCAGAAAUGGCAGGACAUGAAGCUGAUUGUCACCUCAGCCACCUUGGAAGUGGUAAAGUUUUCUCAGUACUUCUAUGAAGCUCCCAUCUUCACUAUCCCAGAUCAGACAUACCCAGUGGAAAUAUUGUACACAAAGGAAUCUGAGGGAGAUUAUCUGGAUGCCAGCCUGAUCACUGUCAUGCAGAUCCAUUUAGCAGAGCCACCAGGUGACAUCCUGGUCUUCCUGACUGGUCAGGAAGAGAUUGAUACAGCUUGUGAGAUCUUAUAUGAAAGAAUGAAAUCCCUGGGACCUGAUGUCCCCGAGUUAAUUAUUCUCCCAGUGUACUCUGCUCUUCCCAGUGAGAUGCAGACCCAAAUCUUUGACCCAUCUCCACCAGGCAGCAGAAAGGUUGUAAUUGCCACCAACAUCGCAGAGACAUCACUGACAAUAGAUGGCAUCUACUAUGUUGUGGACCCUGGAUUUGUGAAGCAGAGUGUUUACAAUUCGAAGACAGGGAUGGACCAGUUUCUGGUGAUGCCUAUUUCUCAGGCACAGGCAAAGCAACGAGCUGGCAGAGCUAGGAGAAUGGGCCCUGGAAAGUGUUACAGGCUAUACACAGAAUGUGCCUACCAGGAUGAAAUGCUGACCACCAAUGUGCCAGAAAUAUAGAGAAUGAACUUAGCCAGCAUAGUGCUGUCUCUCAAGGCAAUGGGCAUAAAUGACCUGCUGUCCUUUGAUUUCAUGGAUGCUCCCCCAGGGGAAACUUUGGUCACAGCCAUGGAGCAGCUGUGUACACUGGGGGCCCUGGAUGAUGAGGGCUUGCUCACUCUCCUGGGCCGCAGGAUGGUAGAGUUUCCUCUGGAGCUGAUGCUGUGCAGAAUGCUGAUCAUGGCUGUGCAUCUGAGAUGCAGCAAGGAAAUGCUGACCGUUGUAUCCAUGCUGUCUGUCCAAAGCAUCUUCUACAGACCCAAGGACAAACAAGCCCUUGUUGAUCAGAAGAAGGCCAAGUUUCACCACACUGAAGGGGACCACCUCACCCUGCUGGCUGUGUACAACUCCUGGAAAAACAAGUUCUCAAAACCAUGGUGCUGUGAGAACUAUAUCCAGGCUCGUUCCCUGUACUGGGCCCAGGACAUUCAGAAGCAGAUGUUAGGCAUAAUGGACAGGCACAAGCUGGAUGUCGUUUCCUGUGGUAAGUUCACAGUCCAAGUGCAGAAGGCCAUCUGCAGUGGGUUCUUCCGUAAUGCUGCCAAGAAGGAGGAGGGUUACCGGACACUGAUUGACCAGCAGGUGGUCCACAUCCAUCCUUUCAGUGCUCUCUUCCACAGACAGCCAGAAUGGGUGGUGUACCACAAGCUGGUGCUCACCACGAGGGAAUACAUGUGUGAGGUCACCACCAUCAACCCCCGGUGGCUUGUGGAGUUGGCCCCAGCCUUCUUCAAGGUCUCCAACCCAACCAAAGUAAGCAAGCAGAAGCAGCAGCAGCAUCUUGAACCCUUGUGCAACCGCUACGAAGAGCCCAAGGCCUGGAGAAUAAUCCUGGGCCAUCUGUCAGUGCUGAAAGGCAAGCUUGGCCAUUUGUCUCCCCUGCAGCAGCCUAGGGCUUGGACUUAA